AUGACACCAUUAAUUCUUGCUGUUCGUGAAAGUUCUCAGUGGGGUUGUGAUUAUUUGUUAGAAAUCGGUGCAGAUCCAACAAUUAAAGAUAACAGAGGCAAUGAUUACUAUUAUUAUAUAAAUAGAAUCCAACAAUUUGCUGAAGAGGAAGAAGAUUUUUACGAUGAAAUAUCUUCUGGUUAA